CAUACACCCCUUGUCUUUAUCUCUCCCUGUUCAACUGCCCUUCUUACAUCACUUCCUCUCUGAGAGCAAUUUCUAUUUCCUUUUCCUGUGGGCUGGUCUCCAGGGUAACAGAACCUCUUCCUUUGGGCCUGGCUCUCUGCCCACUGAGCCAGCCAGCUCUUUCCCCAGUUAAGUUAGAAGGAGGGAUUAAGCAUUCCAUUUUUCACUGGCUAAACAGGCAAUAAUGGCCAGAGAGAAGGCAGAGAGGGAAGAGGACUUCAGCAGGGCUCCCUGGAGGAGGGAGCCUGGAGUGCCAGGGAUGGCCUUGGAGAGGGACAGACUGCCAGGCCAGGAGGAGGUGACAUUCAAGGAUGUGGCUGUGGACUUCACCCGGGAGGAGUGGCGCCUCUUGUCCCCUCCCCAGAAGGAGCUGUACAAGGAAGUGAUGGUGGAGAAUGCCCGGAAUCUGCUCUCUGUGGGGCUUCCAGCUCCCACAAAAGAUGUGCUUUCUUAUUUGAAGAAGAGGGAAGCCCCAGUGAUGCUAGAGCAAGAAGGCUUGAGGAACUACUUUCCAGAAGGAGAGAUAAGACCUAAAAUGAAGGUGAAUCCAACAGAGGUGAGCCUUACUGUGGAAGAAAUGGACCUACAAAGAAUCAUGAGUAAUGGUCCUGAUAACUUUGAUUUCAGAGAAUUCGGUGUUGCAACUCAAAAUUCAUCUCAUAUUAAACAACAAAGAAUGCACACUAAGGAAAAAUCUAGUGAAAGUAAUCAGUGCAGUAAGACUUUUAUGCAGAGGACCAGUCUUGCUGGACAUCAAAACAUCCACACUGGUGAGAGACCUUAUGAAUGCAAGCAAUGUGGAAAGACAUUCAAUCAGAGAUUCCAUCUUGCUGUACAUCAGAGAGUCCACACUGGGGAGAAGCCUUAUGAAUGCAAACAAUGUGGAAAGACAUUCACAUAUAGCUCCAGUCUUGCUGUACAUCAGAGAGUCCACACUGGGGAGAAACCUUAUGAGUGCAACCAAUGUGGAAAGACUUUCAGACAGAGCUCCAGUCUUGCUGUACAUCAGAGAGUCCACACUGGGGAGAAACCUUAUGAAUGCAAGCAAUGUGGAAAGACAUUCAGUCAUAGAACCCAUCUUUCUGUGCAUCAGAGAAUCCACAGUGGGGAGAAACCUUAUGAAUGCAAGCAAUGUGGAAAGACAUUCAGACAGAGCAUUGAACUUUGUGUACAUCAGAGAGUCCACACUGGGGAAAAACCUUUUGAAUGCAAGCAAUGUGGAAAGAUGUUCAAAUGUCACUCCAGUCUUGCUGUACAUCAUAGAGUCCACACUGGGGAGAAACCUUAUGAAUGCAAGCAAUGUGGAAAGACAUUCAGUCACAGAACCCGUCUUUCUGUGCAUCAGAGAGUCCACACUGGGGAGAAACCUUAUGAAUGCAAUGAGUGUGGAAAGACAUUCACAUAUAGCUCCAGUCUUUCUGUACAUCAGAGAGUCCACACUGGGGAGAAACCUUAUGAAUGUAAGCAGUGUGGAAAGGCAUUCAGUUAUAGAACCCAUCUUUCUGUGCAUCAGAGAAGCCACACUGGGGAGAAACCUUAUGAAUGCAAGCAAUGUGGAAAGACGUUCAGACAGAGUAUUGAACUUUCUGUACAUCAGAGAGUCCACACUGGGGAAAAACCUUUUGAAUGCAAGCAAUGUGGAAAGACAUUCAAAUGUCACUCCAGUCUUUCUGUACAUCAGAGAGUCCACACUGGGGAGAAACCUUAUGAAUGCAAUGAGUGUGGAAAGACAUUCACAUAUAGUUCCAGUCUUGCUGUACAUCAGAGAGUCCACUCAGGGGAGAAACCUUAUGAGUGCAACUAUUGUGGAAAGACUUUCAGACAGAGCUCCAGUCUUGCUGUACACCAGAGAGUCCACACUGGGGAGAAACCUUAUGAAUGCAACCAAUGUGGAAAGACAUUCACAAAUAGCUCCAGUCUUGCUGUACAUCAGAGAGUCCACAGUGCGGGAAAAACCUUUUGAAUGCAAGCAAUGUGGUAAGACAUUCACAAAUAGCUCCAGUCUUGCUGUACAUCAGAGUCCACUCAGGGGAGAAACCUUAUGAAUGCAAUUACUAUAGAAAGACAUUCAUAAAUAACUCCAGUCUUGAUGUACAUCAGAAUCCACACUGAGGAGAAACCUUAUGAAUGCAAGCAAUGUGGAAACACAUUCAGUCGGAGCUCCAAACUUGCUGUACAUCAAAGAAUCUAUACUGGGGAAAAACCGUAUUAAUGCAAUGUGUGGAAAGACAUUCACAAAUAACUCUAAUUUUUUCUGUGCAUCAUAGUCCACACUGGGGAAAAACUUUAUGAAUGCAAGCAAUGUGAAAAGGCAUUCAGUCAGAAAUCUCAUCUUACUGUACAUAUCUACACUGGCAAGAAACUUUAUAGAUGCAAGCAACGUAGAAAGACUUCCAGACAGAGCUUUGAACUUGGUGUACAUCAAAGAAUCCACAAUCAGGAGAAAACUUAAGAAUACAAGCUGUGUGGAAAGACGUACUCUUAUAGGCUGAACUUGACUCAGAGGUAAGUAUUGAGAGAUGGAAACCAUUGAGCAAGGAUAGAAUGGCGGGCAGAAAAAGCCAGCAAUAGUCAAAAUCUUGAGACCAGGGCAGAGUUAUAUCUCUUGCACUGCUUGCUGGACUGCCCCCCUUGGCAGCCCAGGCAAAAUAGAAAGCCACAGUUGGCUCCCAAGAUGAGAUUUGUGAGUUAGUGAGCAGAGAAAUGGUUUUGAUUAACAGAAGCAAGAACAGAUAUCAAAGGUCAUCUCUUUCUGUUUUGUUGCUGGCUGGACUUUCUGUGAGCAUAGUUAGAGCGCCCUAAUGGUGGCCAUAGAUUAGCAAGCAGAUUGAAGCAGUGAGGAACACAUUUCUAUUUUUACAUCUUUUCCCCCUACUACCUUACAAUAAAUAAAUAAGUAAAGUCAAUUUAGGGCCUAUCUCAUAACUUUUUCUCUUAUACUUUUCAUCAUCGAAACCACAGAUAUUCUCACUGAACUCUCACCUUGCUCAAAAUCAGACAAUUUACUCUGUCAUAAGCUCUCCUAAGAUUGGGUCCAAAUGGAUAUAUGAUUUAGACCUAAAGUGUGAUACCAUAAGCAAAUUAAGGGAGCAUAGAAUAGUUUACCUCUCAGAUCAAUUUAUUGAUAAGGGAAGAAUUUGUAACUAAGAAGUAGAUAAUAUAAGCUGUAAAACAGGUCAUUUUUAUUAAAUUAUUAAAUUCAAGACAUUCCAAAUAAAACUAAUUCAACCAUGAUUAAAAGUUGAAACAA